AUGGCCAUUAAGAAAUCCCGUCCACCACCAAGUUAUACGGCAACAGUCGCCGCGCAAGAUAUAAAACCGUAUGAUGAUGAUGAUGAUGAUGAUGAUGAUGAUGAUGACAAGUACGACGACAAUGAUCACCAUAGUCACGGCAACACGACCGAGCAUUAUAAGACCACACCCACAACCCCUUCAUUUCCAGUUACAAGCACAGCUCCCACCACGAGGGCUGUAGUGAUAAGACUUGACUCGUCUAUCAAUAUUAGUGGAGACGGGAAUACCGUCGCAAUUGCUUCGGGGCAAGGGCAAAAUCAGGCUCAAGUCCAGACACAGACACAGCAAGAGGCAUCAAACCCCAAAUCGAAAGUCGCCAACACCACAGCCUCCAUCAUCGCCGCUCUCCAACAAUCAGGAAUCUUAGCCUUAAGGCCUGAUUCUGGUUCCAAUUUUGCACCCACAACUGUGCAGGUGCCUGCAAACAAUGAACCGGAGUGGAAAAAGUAUAAGAAGUGUUAA